CUAAUGUCAAAUUAAAUUAGAAUAUUCGUCACAUCACUUUUAUAAUAUUAUCUUAGUCUUACUUCAUUUUGGAUUGACAUUAAAAAAAUAGUCUAUUUUUAUUUUUUGUAAGUUUUUAAACUUACAAAAAUGUCAAAUGUUUUAUUUGUAUUAAUGAAUUUCAAACUUCCCCGCCUUAAAUCCAUUACACUACUUUCUCUCAUGUUUGUACCAAAACUGAAAAAAACGACCAAAUCACAUUAACAAUGGCGUCCCAAAUUCUUCUGCUAUCACUCUGUCUCACUACUUUCUUUGCAUUCUCUCUCAAACCACAACAUGCAAAUUCAGAUGGUGCAGUGGAAUUGCCUGUUUUUAUAUUCAGUUGGCCGAAUGAUGAAGGCAAUUUCGCAGCAGGAGACAUUGCAACGAUCAGUGUGAGAGUUAUUGGGAAUUACGAUAAGGGGAAAUAUGAAUUUGAGUUUAGUCCUUAUCUGAUAGUGAAUGAUAAGAUUGGAAAUAGCAGUUUUAUAACUGGGGUUUCUUUGCAUUUGGAUGGCGGAAUCGACGAUUGGAGAAUCACUUUCAGCCCUCUCAUGGUUGGUCUCUUCGAUGUCCUCAUCGUUGAUGACCAUUUUCACGUCUUCGAUUCCUCCUUGCACUUUCAAGUCAACCCAGGGAAAAUGUACCCGGCGGCAGGGAUUUUGUCGUGGGGAGACGGAGCAGACGAGUUUGUAGCUGGAAUGAGGGCUGAAGUGUUCAUCCUCUCCAGAGAUGCAUUUGGCAAUGAGGUCACUUCAACCAGUGAAGGAUCAAGACUCUACACUUUCUCAUUAUCUGCAACGACCUCGGAUGGAAUCCCAGCAACUCUGCUCAACACAUCUUUCAAAGGAUGGAAUGGGCAACAGCACCUCUGCCUUGAGUUCAUUGCAGCUACUGCAGGGAGCCUCUUCCUUCAUGUAGAAAUCGAGAACCAAACACUGCACGGAUCACCACUACCGUUCAUGGUGCAUCCAGGUGGGAAACUGGAUAUAUCCCGCUGUGCAGCACUGCUGAAGGUGGAAACAAAGCAUUUCCAAUUGUUCUCGAAGAUGGAGGGGUUAAUACACCAGCAUGAUCAAUAUGGGAACUUGGUUUCUAGAUCAUAUGAAUUCGACCUUGAAGUUUUCGAGAAGGGAACCAAUCUGUCCAUGCCGUUAUCUGAUCUUCUCUUCAGAGACGUCGCCCCUGGAACUCAGUCGUUCUCCUUCACCCUAUACGAGCCUGGGAACUUCACACUCAUUAUAUCAGAUAAGGAGAAGAACACCCUGAUCUCCAACACACCAUAUGAUUUCACCGUAUACAUAGGUUACUGCGAUGGAGUUAACAGCAUUGUUAAUGGAUCGGGUUUAAAUAGCUCUGUUGUUGGUGAAACUGCAAAGUUUUCGAUUUUUUUGAGGGAUGCCUAUUUGUAUCCUUCUCAGGUUCAGCUAGAAUACCUUCGAGUUCACAUUAUGCAGGUUUCUGAUUCACAGAUUAUACAGCCAAGAAUACAAAUAAGGGCUUCUAAUGGAAGCUUCUCCUCUGGAAAAUUGAAUCGUGGAGUGAUUGAUUCAAGAAACAAUAUAAACGAUAACUGGAAUUUCAAGGCUAGCGACUUUGAUGUUAGUUAUAAAUCUGAGAAGAGCGGCUUGCAUGAGAUGUGUGUUUUUUGUGGGAACAUCGCCUUGAAUGGUGGUCGUGCAUUUAGAAAGGAAGUGACUGCAGGGGCUGUCAAUGUCUCACUCUCCGGGGUGGUGAGAUUUGCAGAGAAAGUGGUGAAGAUGGUAAAAAAUGACAUAGUUGUACGCCUCGUGGAUUCCUAUUCCAAUCCUGUGCUUUUACAAGAAUCACACUUGAGAUUGGAGAUUGCUUCAAUCAACAAAUCUGCCUUCUCUACAUGGGAUUUUGCUGACAACAACAAUGGGUUGUACACGGUUAAGUAUCUUGCAAAUGAUAUUGGAACCUAUGAGAUGUGUGCUUCUUAUAAGGGAGAGCGCUUCGUGCCAUGUCCCUUUGGUGUUCAUGUCUAUAACUAUGAGUAUUUUCCUGUAGCUCGCAAUGACACAGCUUCCAUUUGGGAGGAUGAGGCACUUGAUUUUGAUGUUAUGAGAAAUGACUCUUUUAAUGGUGCAAAUGCAACAGUUGUUGAAUAUUCCAAGCCAAGGCAUGGUUCACUCCUACUGUACGGAAGCAGUGUCUUUAGGUACACUCCAUAUAAGGAUUUCUAUGGGAACGAUGAUUUCUCUUAUACGAUGUCCGAUUCAAAUGGGAACCUUGCCUCUGCUGCUGUGGGUUUGCUCAUCGUCUGCAGACCGCCUCACUUUGCUUCGAUCCCGAGCAGCUUGCAAGCUGUAGAAGAGGGCAUAAGUCCCACAUUCGGUGGUUUUAAUGGAUUUGAAGUCACUUAUUCUGACUUGGGAGAAAACAUAAGUGUCACUCUGAGUUCAAAAUUUGGUACAGUUCAGUUAUCUCCGUCACAAGUGCAGUUUUGGAGGCCUAAUUGGGACAAACUUUCAAUCCAUAAAACGGUUGAUGAACUGAAGCUGAUUGGUUGUAUUGAUGUAGUAAACUCAGCCCUGCAAUCUAUCCAAUAUUCCGGAAACCAUGACUUCUAUGGAGAUGAUACGAUCACACUUUAUUCUGAGAACAGUAAUGGGAGGAACGAUGUCAACGUUCCUAUCUUCGUGCAGCCUGUGAACGACGCUCCUGUGAUAAACGCCCCAUCAUUCGUCGUAUUAAAUGAUACGAGUGAUGGAGUCCAGAUUUUUCAUGAGAAUUCUGUUGGUGUUCACGACCCUGAUCUUCAGAACUUUCCUGGAAACCAUUCCCGUUUCUUGAUCGUGUUGACGAUGGAGGUGAGCGAUGGAUUCCUGUCAACGAGCCUCCCUGCAGAGCUCGUCGCAUCGACUGAGUUGAAGAUGAAGAGCAGCUAUCAAUGGCAGCCUCUCCAAACAUUUGUUACAAUAUCAAAGCAUUUCAUGGUGACAGCAAAGGGGAUCAGAUUUAGGGGUGCAAUUGAGGAAUGCAACAGUAUCUUGCAGAAGCUAUCUUACCAUGAAGGCCAGCAUGGAGCUGUGUUGACACUGACAGUGAAUGAUCUUGGUAACCAUGGAUGCUACCCUAACUGUGAUCAGAUGAUGUCGACGCCUCUGUUUGCUGAGUCAACAGUAAACCUCGUACGAUACAAGCCCAUGAGUUCAUUGGCAGCCCAUAUUUUAGGAUCUGCUAUCGUAGUCGAAUCGAUACUGGUGAUCUGUGUUGGGUUGCUGCUGCUGUUCUUCAUAUGCAAAUGUGCCGUUGUUUUAGCCCGGGAGAAGAGGAGGAAGGCUAAGGAGAUUGAGCUAUCCAAACUUGAACACUCUUCUAAAGAAAAUCUGGAUAUGGAUGCUUCUGAAAAUGAGAGAUAGUUGGCAUGCAUAUGUGGAGGACAGAAUAUGAAAUUCCCCGGUGAUGGACUUUUGAGUUCACAGUUUCUGUAAAUUAGCAGCAGCAACACAAGUAAGUAGAAAUGAAUGGUGGUGGUAGAAUUAGGCAUCUUAGAAAUUGAGCUAUAAAUAAUAUCCAGAGUUGGUUCAGUUAGUCUGAUUUUGGGUUGACAAAGUUGGUUCAAUCUCAUUAGAUAAAGUAAUAAGGCUAUGAAAGAAUUCUGAA